AUGUCGACGGCUAACAUCCCCUCAAUCUCUGUCGUGGCUUCUUCACGAGCCGUCAUUUCCGGUCGUCUGACCUCUGCUACUAUUGUGAUCUCCAAUACCACCGGCCGGAUCACCGCUGUUUUUGACUCCGUUCUGCCGGAGUCGGAAUUCCCCGCGGGCACCCCAUACACUGACUAUUCCCCAUAUGUUCUGCUGCCCGGGUUGGUGGAUGCGCAUGUCCACCUCAAUGAGCCUGGCCGCACCGAAUGGGAAGGCUUCUAUACUGGCACCCAGGCCGCUGCCUUUGGCGGUGUGACCACCGUCAUUGACAUGCCUCUGAAUGCUAUCCCACCGACGACUACCGUGGCCGGACUCAAAGAGAAGAUUGCCGCUGCCCAGGGUAAGUGCUGGGUUGACGUGGGUUUCUAUGGUGGGAUCAUCCCCGGCAAUGCGGGAGAGCUCAAGGGCCUCGUCGAGAGGGGUGUUCGCGGUUUCAAGGGCUUCUUGAUUGAUAGUGGUGUGGAUGAAUUCCCCGCGGUCAGCCAAGAUGACAUUCAGAAAGCUAUGGUGGAAUUGGCUGACGAGCCCACCACACUUAUGUUCCACGCGGAGAUGGUGCCUCCAAUCACCGCCUCGGUCGGUGACGAGGUCCAGACCUCUGAUGCUCCGGCUGCGCCAACUGGGCCUCUUGAGGCAUACUCGACUUUCUUGGCCUCCCGCCCUUCAGAGUUCGAGAUAUGUGCUAUUGAUAGAAUCCUGUCCAUGGCCCAUCUCGCCCCGAACCUUCAGUUGCAUAUUGUCCAUCUGUCGGCCAUGGAAGCCAUCCCUCUCCUGCGGGAAGCUCGUGCCCGUGGCGUCAAAAUUACUGCCGAGACGUGCUUCCACUACCUCUCACUUGCUGCCGAGGAAAUCCGGGACGGCGAUACGCGUCACAAGUGCUGCCCACCGAUCCGUUCCCAGCUGAACCAAGAUGGUCUGUGGGAGGAGCUUGAGAAGCACGCCGGCGAUGGAGUCAUCAAGACCGUCGUCUCCGACCACUCUCCCUGCACCCCAAACCUGAAGCAACUCCCCUCCCAUGUGCCUGGUCACUGCGAAAGCAGCCAGGAAGAGAGCGGGGACUUCUUCUCUGCGUGGGGUGGCAUCUCUCGCCGCCGCAAGGGUUUGACUCCCUCUCCCGAAGACGACAACACCAAGAACGCCCUGCAAGAUAUCGUACGCCUGUGCUGUGCGAACACCGCCGCCCAGGUCGGGUUGCAAACCCGCAAAGGUGACCUGCGUCCCGGAUUCGAUGCCGAUAUCUGUGUCUUCGACGACUCCGCUGAAUGGACCGUGGAACCCAGCACCAUGCUCUUCCGCAACAAGUGCUCGCCCUACCAAGGCCGCACCCUGCGUGGGAUGGUCCGCGAGACCUGGCUGCGCGGCGAAUGCAUCUUCAGCCGCGCGAACAACUUUGGCGACAAGCCACCGUCUGGCAAGCUGCUUCUCGAGAAGCGGGCUUAG